AUGCCAGCGGGAGCUUUGUUCGGGAAUCCAGAGGUGGUGGUCGUCGACCUCCGUCGGAACAGACUCACUGAGCUGCCGAGCUCUGUUGUCUGGCUGCCUGAGUCCAACUCAUUGGACUACCUGACAGUUGCCAACAACCAGAUCAGUGCACUUGGCAAGGGGUUCUUCCGCCACCUCCCAGACCUCGACUUCCUGGACUUGAGCGGGAACCGCUUGAGCGCUUUGGACUCCGACUCUUGGGAAUCUUUCGAAGAUACGGACCUUGACAAUCUACUUUUGGUUGGGAAUCCGUUCAGAUGCCGCAUCAUCUUUUCGGGUCCUUGCUUUUGUGCCGGCGACUGCUCCAACAGCACAGACGGCGAUGAGGACGGCGACGAGGACGAUGAGGAUGACGAGGACGACGGGCCCCUGGUAAAGGUACCUGCCUCCUGGUGCGAGCUGCCAAUGUGCACUUCGCAUGAGUCGGGCAACGCAACCAGCAAUGCGUCGGUUAGUGAGGCAAGCAAUGCCUCCAACACCACGGUCGCAGAGGCAGAAGCCACAAGGACAAGCAACGCCUUCUCAAAUGAAUCCAGCAAUGCAUCCACGCCCGUACCUCUGCGAGAUCCCUCAGCAGGCACAUCCGCAAGUAAUGCGACUGUUGGUGGGUCAAGCAAUGAGAAUGCUUCCUCAGGUGGAUCCAGCAAUGCAUCCAUACCUGUACCGAUGGAAGAUAUGCCGCAGAAGUUGAAGGGGCAUUGGGAAAUGCUCCAAGUCUACAGUGCUGCGACGAAGCUGCCGAAGGAACAGAAGGAAGGGGAAGCUGCAACAGACUCAGGCGAUGCCGCCGUUCCUGAGGAGCAAGUGCAGGAGGUUGAGGCUGCCAUGGAGGAUGCCCUGCCCACCUUUCUGAAAGCUGCGUGGUCGUACGUCGUCCGCGACAUCGACAAGACGGUCAGAGAAGUGGGCCGUAAGUUCCUGCAGGACAAAUCCGUGCCGUGGCAGAUUCGAAUCCGACGGGCUCAAGCCUUGCAACUCCUGGGCCAAGUGUUCGUCUCCGAAGGGGCGACGGCCAUGAAAGCCGCCAACUCCGCCACCCCCGAGCCAGGCGCCAAUGGGGCCGAGGUAGGCGGCGCCACCUCGGCAGCGAAAGCAGUCUUGCAAGAGGCCAUGCUCGGCGCGAUGCGCGAGAAGUGA